AUGGCGACAGCUCGCGAACGUGUCCAGUCGCUCGACGCUCGCCUCCGCGAGCUUGAGGAACGCUUCAGCAACGGUUUCCAAGUCCCGCAGGUAUUGCCACCUCUUCCGGAGAUUAACUCGACGAGCGCUGCCGAGCAGCCCAGCGAUGUCGCCGGCUCCCGUGGGGACUUAUCUUCGUUGCCAAGGAAUCCGCUGCGCGCAGUGCCUGUCCCGAGCGUUACCACGGGACAAACACCUUCCCUUGAGAGCAUAUCCCUUCGUAGCGCUAAUCCAGCUGGACAGCCAAGGCCCAAUGCUGCAUCAGUGGCGCAAGCGCUCGGUGCCGGAAGUACGGCCAACCGCCGGCCAGUCAUGCAUCUCGCGGCUUCCUCCACCCAAAAUACCUCGGCCCCAGCCGUCGGCGGUCGUGCAGCUCGGCCCAAUACAUUUGCUGAGGUACCGCUUCGGCUGUACCGUCAGGGGUUACCGCACAGGGACCUCGGCCCGCCGCAGAGCGUGUGGGAAGCCGACAAGAACGCGGCAGUAGUAGCCCUCGCUGACCGCGUCCAAGAGCUUGAACAUCAGCUGCAACAACAACAACAGCAGCUGCAGCGGGAAGCUCCGUCCGACCCAGAUCAGGUUUCGUCUGAUGUGGCCGUGGCAGAAGUCAUGCCACCGCCGCCCGUAGACCUUUUGCCCAUGCCGCGAACCGUGCUGGGCAACACCAGCCAUGCCCAUCAAGCUGCGUAUGACGGGAUGCACGCGGGUGGCGCAGAGCCCAUGCCCGUCCUAUACUACCCAUCACUGCCACGGCGUCAGCCGGCGACCCCGGAGGCAGCGUUGGUGCAAUUACAGGCGGCUCAGGGGCUGCGAGGCCAGGCGAGGGCGCUGGCUGCAUCUGUGACGGCAUCUGCAGCCGCGACCGUGCCAUCCGUGAUGAUGCGCAAACGGCGAAACGAGAACGCAGAGCCGCAGGUUACGGACGACGACAGCAGACGAGGCGGUGCUGCGGAUAUUGGUGCAGCAGAAGGCGCAGCAACUGGUACCAGUAGUGUGGGUGUUUCGGCCCCACUGGGUCACACCAGCGCGCCCGCCAGGGCCGCGGCAGCGGUGCACGCGGCGGCGUUGCGGGAGGCUCGGCCGCUGCAGCCGGCGGGUCCCUACCCCAUGGUGGCGGCGGCACUGGCCGUGGGCACGCCGGGCACGGGCGGCAGCACUUGGGAGCAGGGCAAGAUGCGUGCGUUGCUGUCGCUGGAGCAGCAGCGGGAUGCGCUGCACGCACAGAUAGAGGAGUUCCGGGGGCAGGAGGACCGGCACAGGCGCGAGCUUGCAGAGCUGCAGGAGAAGCAUCGGCGGGACCUUCAGGACGCGGCGGGCUUGACGGGGCGUAAGCUGGACAGGCUGAUGCGCUCAGCCUGGGUGGCCUACUCGAAAAGGCUGCUAGCGCUGAGGAUCAGCCGGGCGUUGCACGUCUGGCGCCGCAUUGCCACACGCAACAGGCGGCUCGUCUGGGCGGCAGCGGUUUGGCGGCAGAGGGAGCUGGGCGCGGUCUUCACGGAGUGGCACCUGCUGUACCUCACGAACAGGCACGAGCGGCAGGCGCGCCGGCGGGCAUUGUCCCGCUAUAACAGGACUGUGCUGUUGGCGUGGGCGGCCGCAUCGCAAGAAUGUCGACGGCUGCGCCGCCUGGAGCACCGUGCGACGCAGCGCGCCAAGGAGCUGCGGGACAAGGGAGUGCGUCACCAUAGAGCCAAGGCGCACCGGUUGACGGUGCUUCUGCGCAAUGGCUGGCAGGGCCUGGCGGCGGCGCUACGAAAGAGCCGGGAGGCGGAGGCAGCAUUGCGCCAGCGUCUGGCCAGAGUGGCGUUGGUGACGGCAUUUAAGACCUGGGCUGCACAGACGCGGCUGGGACGGCGGCUAGACGCACUGCACCGUCGGGCCGUGCUGCACGUUGCGAUGCGCUGCUGGGCGGCACUGACAGCGCGCAUGUCCAUCCGGCGCCGGAAGCUCGCCGCUCUGCAAAGCACAUGGCGCCGACGGCGGCAGACAGCCCUGCUGGCGGCAUGGGCGUCCGCCGCCCGCCGCCUGGCGCUGCUGAGCGUCGCAGGCCGCGCACUGGAGGCGGCAGUCAGACACGACGCCAUGGACCACGCACUGACCGUCCUGCGCCUGGCGCCAAGGGAGCGCGCCUGGGGCCGCCGCCGAGGCGUGCAGGCGUUCCGCGCAUGGUGCGGCCUGACUCGGCGUGUCGUCCGCAACCGGCGGAUCGUAGCGGCCAGGUGGCUGGCGCGCAACCGGGCCUCGCUGGCUGCGGCGUUCGAUGCGUGGCGGGUGCUGGGCAAAGCGCGAUCUGAACUUGAGCCCAUGUACGAACACCAAAUGGAGCUCGUACGGCAAGAUCGAGCGGCCGUACAGGGCCAUGUGCGUGCCGUCAUGGCCGAGCUCAACUUGCUGCGAGGGGAGCUCCUGCGUGGGUUUGUCAUGUGGUCAGAAAAAGGCCUGUUGGGCGCACCGCUACGCUGGCGAUCCCUGCCGCCAGACCCGGGGCAGUGGCUGCCGCCGCCGCGGUACCGCCACAGCACUUUCUGCUUGCGAGCGCUGCAGCUGCCGCACGCACCGCCGCCGGGCGCCGCCACGCAGCCUCUGCCGGUCCACAGCACCAUGCGCGCAACUCUCGCAGGCAGCGCUGGCACUGGCCCGGGUGUAAGAACGGGACCGGACAGUACCUUGGGUUCUGGUACGGGGCGGGGAGUGCAUCUGGGAACGGCGCCACUGCAGCUCACAGGCACAGUACUGGUGCAAGGCCACCACGCGGAGGUGGAGGCAGUGAUCCCGGACGUGGCGGGCGUAGUGGUGGUGUUUGGCGGUGUCAACGAGGGCGAGUGGUUUCGAGACUUGCACGUCCUGGAGGUCUCAUACGCAGAGGGCGGCAGCGCCACUUUCCGCUGGCACGAAGUGGAAGUAGCGCUGGAGGUGGAGCCUGUUGGAGGCAGGGAGGCCGGUACGCUGGAAGACAUCAGGCCGGCGGGUGCAACUACCACUGGCGGUGCGGAAGGAAGCCUCGGACAGCACAGCGGCAAGCUGCCGCUGCCCACGCGUCGCGAUCAUGCAGCGUGUGUCACCAGCCCUAACCAGUUUGUGGUAGUUGGCGGCUUUGACGGCACCUCCGAGGUCAUGGACAUCAACGCCAUCACCGUACGCGCGGCCGAAGGCAGCGUGGGCUGGGCUGCGACGGUGCGCACAGUGGUACCACGCAACCGGAUACCUCCAGGCCGUUCACACCACACAGUCACGGCCCAUGAGUCCGGCAGGUCGCUGUAUGUGUUCGGCGGCUACGCUAGCUCACGGGGCACAUUGGGGGAGAUCUGGGUGUUUCAUCUGGACCAUCUAGAGUGGUGGCAACCCAACACGACAGGCGACCAGCCGGGCCCCAGGCGCAACCACGUGGCGGCCUUGGUCAACGGGAAGCUAUACGUGCACGGCGGCUACAACGGAACGGAGUGCCUGAGCGACACGUGGAUGCUGGACCCUCAGACCUGGCACUGGGAGCGGCUGCGGACAUCGGGCUCUGCACCCAGUCCUCGCCGGGGUCAUGCAGCGGAGGUCGUGGACGACCGCUACCUGGUGGUGCACGGCGGCUAUGAUGGCUCUGGCGACCUGGCGGACGGGGCGGUGCUGGAUACCGCUACGGGCGCCUGGCGGGACCUGGCUGCGGCGGGCGGCCCUCAGGACAUGCCCACUGCCCGGGCGUACCACACGUUGACGCUGGUGGGCCACGUGAUGGUGGCACUGGGCGGCAGCGGGCCCAUGGGUCCUUUGCUGGACAUGCACUUGCUGGAAAGCCCCCCACUGGUGGCUGGCCUGGCGCAGCAGUACCGGCUGAUGGCUACCGCCGCGCAGCUAAGCGCCACACAGGCGGGUAUGGCGGACAUGGAGGCGGCGCUGGCGGUGACCCGCCAUCGGGCGGAGCUGGCGGAGCACCAGCUGCAGAUGCUGCGUGAGGGCUCCUCGGAACUGGUGACCCGCCACAAUGCAGCCCUAGCUGAUAUUGAUCGCCUUAAGGCACGGUUGGCGGCCGAAUCGGUGCGUGUGGUCGCGGCGGAGGCAGCUACAGCAGAGGCGCAGCUGGCGCUGGCGACGGCUGAGCGGCGGCUGCGAAGGACGCGCGAAGGCGGAAAGGAGGUAGCGGCAGCUGCGCGGGACAUGCACGACACCGUUUGCGAUCUUCGCGAAGAAGUCGCGCGUUUGCGCAGCCAGCUAUUGACCACGAUGCAACAGCAGACCCGGGAAACAACGCAAGCGUCUGUGACAGCCGCAGAGCGGCAACUGCUGCAGCAGCAGCUAGCGGGAGCCCAGCAAGAGGCGGCUCUGCUGCGUGGUAUGCUGGCGACCGCGGAAACGGAAUUCCGCGCUGCAUUGGACCGACAGCGAAGCGCCGCGGAGGCGGAGCUGGCGGCGGCGGCAGAGCGCGCAAAGCAGCUGGCGGUAGCCGCGGCCGCAGCGGCCGGUGGCGCAGCGGCGGCAGGCGCUGCUGCGGACAUGGACCUGGUCACGCUGCAUCAGCUGGCGACCGCAACUGGCAGGGCGGAGACGGCCGAGCUACGUCUGCAUGCCAUGGAGCGGGAGCAUGGCGGCUUGCAGGUCGAAAUUGCGAACAUCAAGCGACAACUGCAGCAGCAGCGCCAGGCCCGCGAGGCUGCCGAGGAGCGCGCCACCGCCGCCAUGCAGCACAUGCACGCAUCUGAGCUGCGCUACCAAAUGCAGCUGGAGGAUCUGCAGCGCCAGCUUGCUGAGGGGCAGCGAGAGCGUUGGCACCAGGAUUUACAGCUGCUGCCACCGCGCAAACGUGCGGCACCGCAAGCAGAGGAACCUCCUCCGGCCGCUAUGCAGGCACGAUCAUCUAUGCCAGCACCUUCUCCAAGGCCAGCUGCCGCAGAGGAGAUGGCAGAUGCUUAUGAGGUGCUUUCGGAUAGUGAGAAGCGAAAAAUCUACGAUCAGUACGGAGAGGACGGACUUAAGCAAGCACAGGCGCGCGAACAGGGUGGUGGGCGAUCAGGUCACGACAUCUUUGACUUCUUCUUCGGGGGUGGUGGCUUCGGUGGCGGGCGAGAGGAGGAGGAGGUCCGGAAGGGCCACACUAUUUAUGUAGAUUUGCAUGCCACGCUCCGGGACCUCUACGUUGGCCGGGAGCUGCAGGUGGUUCGGGAUAAAGCAGUGAUCCGCACCACCACCGGCACCCGCAAGUGCAAUUGCAAGACAAAGAUCAUGACCCGGCAGCUGGGCCCAGGCAUGUUCCAGCAGUUCCAGACGCAGGAGUGCGGUACAUGUCCUGCGGUGAAGCUAGAACGCGAGCAGGAGCCCAUCUCAGUUCAUAUUGAGCCGGGCAUGACCGACGGCCAGCAAAUAACGUUUUUCGAGGAGGGUGAGCCGCUGGUGGAUGGCGAGCCAGGCGACCUGGUGUUUGUGGUGCGCCAGGUCCACGAUGCUCGCUUCGAGCGUCGUGGCAAUGACCUCCUCCAUAAUUUCACUAUUAGCCUGGUGGACGCGUUGACCGGCUUCAGCCACACACUAGAGCACCUGGACGGCCACAAGGUGACGCUGGCUGCCUCUGGGGUGACGCGCCCCGGCGACUGGCACCAGAUCUCGGGCGAGGGCAUGCCCAUCAACGGCCAGGAGCACAAGCGUGGCGACCUGUGGGUCCAGUACACCGUGUCCUUCCCAGCAUCAUUGACGGAGGAGCAGAAGGAGACGGAACUGUGCCCGGCUGACGUUGUAACAGGCAACCUGGUAGUGAGCAGCGUUGAGCAGGGGCCUCUUGGAGGUGCUUUUGGCGCCAUCCCAUCCGUGUUUGAGAGUCCUCACUGCCGUGUCGACUUCACGAGCUUUGCCACACGGGUGCCAGACUCACUGCCUUGGACAGACACGACGAAUGAGAUGUCCUUGUGUGUGUCAAGAGGCAACUCACAGACGUUGAACUGAACCGUGUGAUUACUUGAGCAUCUGACAGAUGCGCGUUAAUCCGUGCAGCGUGCGCCACCUGACCUGUAAUCAGCUCCGCUGAGACCCCAGCAUUCCAAUAAGCUCUGGGCUUCUAUAGACGUGCCUGACGCUUCGGCCCCGAAUGAGACAGCUUUCUGUCGGGUGGCCAAUUAUUGACACCUUUGCAUCUGGGUGAUGUCAAGGCACUCU